AUGGCCGGAGCCACCACCCGCCGCGUCGUGAUGUUCCCCUUCCCGUUCCCGAGCCACAUCGCGCCGAUGCUCCAGCUCGCCGAGCUCCUCCGCGCGCGCGGGCUCGCCGUCACCGUCGUCCACACCUCCUUCAACGCCCCCGACUCCGCGGGACACCCGGAGCUCACCUUCGUGCCCAUGCACGAGCGCCUCCCCGACGCCGCCACCGACCCCGGCGCGGACCUGGUCGGGCAGAUGCUGGCGCUCAACGCCGCCUGCGAGGCGCCGUUCCGCGAGGCGCUCCGGGCGGAGGUGCGGCGCGGCCAGGCCGGGCGGUCGGGCGGCGAGGUGGCCUGCGCGGUGGUCGACGGGCAGUGGUACGCGGCGAUCACGGCCGCGGCCGAGGUCGGCGUCGCCGCGCUCGCGCUCCGCACCGACAGCGCUGCGACGCUCCACUGCAUGCUCAGCUACUCGCGCCUCUGCUCCGCCGGCUACCUCCCGAUCAAAGGCAAGUGCCGCGACGAGGUGCUGCCGCCGGUCGAGCCGCUCCGCGGGCGCGACCUGAUCCGUGUCGACGGCAGCGACGCGGAGAGGGUGCGCGAGUUCAUCGCCCGUGUUGACAACGCCAUGCGGGCCGCCGCGAUGGGCGUCGUCUUCAACACCUUCCACGCCAUCGAGGCGCCGGUGCUGCACAAGAUCCGCCGCCAGCUGCUGACCCGCGCGACGUUCGCCAUCGGGCCGAUGCACAGGCUGCUCGGCGCGCCGGAGGAGCACGGCCUGCACGCGCCGGACCGCGGCUGCGUCGCGUGGUUGCACGCGCAGGCGCCGCGCUCCGUGCUCUACGUGAGCCUCGGCAGCGUGGCGCGCAUCGACCGCGAGGUGUUCGACGAGAUGGCCAUGGGGCUCGCCGGCAGCGGCGUACCCUUCCUCUGGGUCAUCCGCCCAGCCUUCGUCACCGGCACCGCCGACGGCGACGCCCCGCCUCUUCCUGAACCACUCGCCCCCGUGGUGGCCGACGGCAAGGGCAAGGUGGUGACAUGGGCGCCACAGAGAGACGUCCUGGCGCACCCGGCGAUCGGCGGGUUCUGGACGCACUGCGGGUGGAACUCGACUCUGGAGAGCAUCUGCGAAGGGGUGCCCAUGCUGGUGCAGCCAUGCUUCGGCGACCAGACGGUGAACGCGAGGUACGUGACGCAGCAGUGGGGCGUCGGGCUGGAGCUCGGCGAGGUGUUCGACCGGGCGCGCGUCGCCGAGGCCGUGAGAAAGCUGAUGGUUGGGGAAGAGGGCGCCGCCGUGAGGGAGAGGGCACGCGACCUCAAGGCGAAGGCAAGGCAGAGCGUGGAGGAUGAUGGAGCUUCUGCUGCUGCCAUCGAUAGGCUUGUGCGAUACAUGGUGUCAUUCUGAAUUCUGAACUUGAUGGCUUGAUGCUAUGAUAGGGCUAUGAAAAAAUGCCAUGAAUAAAGCUUUUGUUGGUUGCUGGUAAUCCUGUUUCAGUUGAU